AUGGAAGAGUCUACAUACCACAGUGAAGAAAGUAUUACUUCUAUCAAAGAGUUACAAGAAACUAUAGACUAUGGAAAUACCAAAUCUGUACUAGAGUUAAACAAACACUAUGAUAAUAAUAGACAAAUUCAAAAUUCUUUAAAGCAUAACAUUUUAUAUCCUCUUAAAAAAGAACUAAUUAUAAACAAACACCAAGAACGUGAAGAAAAUAUACAAUAUCAAGAAGAACUACUACGUUUAGAAAGAAAGGCAAUCAAACUAGCCAAAGAGAUUGUCAAAGGGUCAUGUCUUGAAAGAUAUUUAAAUUCAAUUAAUUGUCAUUGUAAACAUUAUGAAGAAGAAAAAGUACUAGAAAAACUGAGAGAAAUGAACCUAGAUUCUGUUAUCGAAAAGAUUCAAUUAAUAAACAAUUAA